AUGCUUAAUACUGAAAACGAAACUGUCAAUGCUGACGCUAAGACAGAAUCGCAUGUGUCCCAUCUUUCGGUGAAAAUACCGCCGCUGUGGAGGAACAAUAUAAAAUUGUGGUUCAUCCAAGUAGAAAACAAUUUCGCUCUAGAAAAAAUAAGUAAUGAUCUUACAAAAUAUAAUCAUUUGAUUGCAACUAUUGAUCCGGAAACUUUAUUUGCGGUAGCUGAUAUUUUACUCACACCCCCUGACACCAACAAAUAUGAUGCGUUAAAGACUCGACUUAUAGCCGAAUUUUCCGCUUCGGAAAAUGAACAGAUCCGUCGACUACUUUCUGAACUACAUUUAGGCGCAGAUAAACCAUCGCAGUUACUCCGAAAGAUACGCGAACUCGGUGGUGACACAUGCAUAAAAGACGAUUUUCUCAAAACUUUAUGGCUGCAAAGACUGCCGUCAGAAAUGCAGGCAAUUUUAUCAAUAAGUUCUGAACCCCUGGACAAUUUGGCCAACAUGGCUGACAAAAUUGCCGAGGUCCGUAUUUCCUCAACAGAUAGUAGCGUCUUUGCCGUAAGCCGAAGCGCGGAAAGUAAUGCCAUGCAGAAAGCUUCCACUCUGGAUGAGUUUACUGCACUCCGAAGCGAAAUCACCGCUUUAAGUAAACAGGUACAACGGCUUUCCCGCGACAGAAGCAGAGGCCCUUUCCAUCGGAAAAACAGACAGCGCAGUUUUUCACGUGGGCGUUCCGGUGAUCGUGGGAGAAAAUUCUGUUAUUAUCAUGCGCGUUUCGGAGAAAUGGCACUGAAGUGCGUAUCGCCAUGUUCGUACUCAACUAACGCGGAUCAGGAAAACUCGCAAUAG